AUGACCGACUAUGCGCCACGAAGCAGUCAGGAUUACAAUACCUUCUUCCCAAAUCCGCACGUCGCCAUGCCGCAGUAUUCAAAUGGCAACGGCUUUAGCUACCUCUAUGGCAAUGGUCAAGUUCAGUAUCAGACUGUGAGCGCUCCGUGUCCAACAUACUCGACAACCUACGCACCGAGUCCAGGCACGCCUUCGUCCGCGUAUAUGCCAAAUGGCCCGGGACUCCCACUUCAAUAUCCCGUCACCAACAACAGAGUUCCUACCCUGCCAUCUCAAUCUCGAGCUCUUCCACACGCAACCUAUUACGCCACGACGACGACGAAUCAUCGAAGUGCAUCUCACCAUCCACGUUUGGUACCUCCCCGAGAAUUUAUCCAGAUGGACGGCACAGAGUGUCAAGACUCUCCCAACGAAAAUACAAUGCUUUCAGAACCGGUGGUGCCCCCUCUGGAGGGCUAUCCUGACGUGCACGAGUUUGAUGAGUUGAUGAAGCGAUAUGUCCAAGACCUUUCUCCCAAAAAGCAAGACAAGGCUUUGAUCCAUGCUCGGCGAGCGGCGAACAUCAAGCAGGUGCUAAUCGACAAGAAGACCACAUCCAUCGAGUCGGCGCAGUUUCGCUUCUGGGUCAAGAAAAUGUUCACCUUGCAGCCCCCCGAUGGAAAAGCCCCGGAAUUACGGAAAAUCUGCCAUGAAGGCAAGCCAGUGGCGGUUCGAGAAAAGCUGUUCAAGAUCCUUACCAAGGCACAUAAACAAUGCCAGCAUGGUGGCCGAGAUAAAACCUCUGCACAAGUGAGGCGUGUUUAUUCAUGGGUCCCCAAAGAACUUAUAUCCAGAUUUGUCAAACUAUGCCCGACUUGUCAAGUCAGAAGAGGCACGAACCGCAACUCCCCACCCGAGUCCGAAAAGAGCCCGGAAGCAAGAAUGGAGGCACAAUCUCCAGAUACCGCAUCAGCAACUGAUUCGAGGAAGGACUCGAUGGCAGGUCGUCAGCCGAGUCUCAAUAUCAAUCUGCCCUUGCAGAGUGCAGGGUUCAACAGCAGUUCGGCCUUCCAGCAGCAGAACCGCUGGAUGACGCCUUUACAACCACAGCAGACGGAGACACAUCGCAUCAAUGACGUCUCGAAUGGCACCAACCUCAACAGUCACGAAACAUACAAUACUAUGCCCCCAAUGCCAAUGAACUGUACUAAUUCCACCCUGCCUGGAUUGGCCUACUCGACCGUCAAUAAUUUUGGGAGUGACACCACCUCAUCAUCCGCAUAUAGUUCGGACUCGCUAACGCAAGUCACACACGGGCAUGUACCAACAGAGAACAAUUAUCUGGUCAAGGCCGAGCAUCAUUACAUCUAG